AUGGGGCUCCAAAGAGCGAGCGAAGUUCCGGGGCCCCCCAGUGGGGAGCAGGCCCCACCCCCACCGCACCCCCAUCCGCCACGUGGCUGCAAGAGGGGCCACGGGGCGACCCCAGUGGGCGCGCUCGGCACGCAGGCCUGCACACCCGAGCGACGGCUCGGCCACCGUGUCCUGCCGCCACCCCGGCGGCGUGGACAGCCCCGGGCCGGGCCGGGCCGUGAGGAGCCCCCGCGCCGCCAGCAGAUCAUCCACAGCGGCCACUUCAUGGUGUCGUCGCCGCACCGCGAGCACCCGCCCAAGAAGGGCUACGACUUCGACACGGUCAACAAGCAGACGUGCCAGACCUACUGCUUCGGCAAGGCCAGCUCCUGCCACCUGUCCAUCGACGCCUCGCUCACCAAGCUCUUCGAGUGCAUGACCCUGGCCUACAGUGGGAAGCUGGUGUCUCCAAAGUGGAAGAACUUCAAAGGCCUGAAGCUCCAGUGGAGAGACAAGAUCCGGCUCAACAAUGCCAUCUGGCGGGCGUGGUACAUGCAGUACCUGGAGAAGCGCAAGAAUCCCGUGUGCCACUUUGUCACUCCGCUCGAUGGUUCAGUGGACGUGGACGAGCAUCGCCGGCCAGAGGCCAUCGCCACAGACGGCAAGUACUGGAGGAGCCGCAUCGAGAUUGUCAUCAGAGAGUACCACAAGUGGAGAGCCUACUUCAAGAAGAGGCUCCAGCAGCACAAGGAGGAAGACCUCUCCAGCCUGGCCCAGGAUGAUGACUUGCUGUAUUGGCACAAACAUGGAGACGGGUGGAAGACCCCAGUUCCCAUGGAGGAGGACCCACUGCUGGACACAGACAUGCUCAUGUCCGAGUUCAGUGACACCCUCUUCUCCACGCUGUCCUCACACCAGCCAGUGGCGUGGCCCAACCCCCGGGAGAUAGCACAUCUGGGGAACGCAGACAUGAUCCAGCCAGGGCUGAUGCCCCUCCAGCCCAACCUGGACUUCAUGGACACCUUCGAGCCUUUCCAGGACCUCUUCUCCUCCAGCCGCUCGAUGUUUGGCUCUAUGCUGCCAGGCCCGGCCCCCGAGCCUGACCCUGACCCCACCAGCCCCCCAACUCAGGAGGACAUCCUGCCGACCUCUCCUCUCCCCACCGUCAGCAUCCCAGACACCUUCACAGCCCCCACCCCCUCCAUGGACCCCCCAGGGCAGCAGAGCUGUGACCAUGGCCCCCGCACGGGGGACCCCUUCAUCCAGCCCACAGACUUUGGCCCCACAGAUCCCCCGCUGAGCGUCCCUCAGUCCUUCUUGCCCGUCUUCACCAUGCCCUUACUCUCGCCCAGCCCUGCCCCAACGCCAGCUUCGCCUGCCUUGCCCCUCGGCCCCCCAUCUGCCACCUCUCUGAGCCCCCCAGCUCCCCCGGCCUUCCUGGCAGCACAGAAGAUGGGUGUCGGCAAGUCCCCCUCUGUUAUCACUCACACAGCUUCGGCCACCCUCACCCACGACGCCUCCGCCACCACCUUCAGCCAGGCCCAGGGCCUGCUCAUCACCACCCGCCCCCCAGCACCGGUGGCCUCCCCCUGUGCCCUGGCACUGUCUCCUGUCAUCCGACCGCCAACCGUCAGGGCUCCUCAGCCCUUUCUGACAUUUGUGCCCCCCAAACCUGUAUCUCUGACUGGAGGGAGGCCCAAGCAGCCCCCCAAAAUAGUGCCUGCUCCCAAACCUGACUCCAUGUCCUUGGUGUUGAAGAGCGCCUGCAUCACCCCAGCUGCCUUUUCAGGGCAGCCACAGGCGGUGAUCAUGACAUCAGGCCCUCUGAAGAGAGAGGGGAUGCUGGCCCCCACCGUGUCUCAGUCCAGUGUGGUCAUCACCCCUGCGGCCAUCGCCAGGGCUCCCGGAGUCGCCGAGUUCCACCGUGGCAUCCUGGUGGCCGACCUCGGCCAUGCCCCAGGUGGCCAGCCUCCUGUUUCUCGGCUCUUCUCCUCGAGCGCCCUGCCAGAUGGCCUGGUGAAGGGCGAGCAGGGCUCGAUGCAUGCGGGUGGCCCCCAGCUCUCCACUGCGGGUCCCAGUCGAGACUGCCCCAGCUCUGGGCAGGCCUCUCCGUGUGCGUCUGAACAAAGCCCCAGCCCCCAGUCCCCCCAGAACAACUCAGGGAAAUCUGCAGACCCCAAGAAUGUGGCUGCCGUCAAGAACCGGCAGAUGAAGCACAUCUCGGCCGAACAGAAGAGGCGUUUCAACAUCAAGAUUGGCUUUGACACCCUCAACAGCCUGAUCUCAAACAACUCCAAGCUGACCAGCCACGCCAUCACGCUGCAGAAGACGGUGGAGUACAUCACCAAGCUGCAGCAGGAGCGGAGCCAGCUACAGGAGGAGGCCCGGCAGCUGCGUGAGGAGAUCGAGGCACUCAACGCCACCAUCAUCUCCUGCCAGCAGCUGCUGCCCGCCACGGGGGUCCCCGUCACUCGGCGCCAGUUCGACCACAUGAGAGACAUGUUUGACGAGUACGUGAAGAGCCGGACCUUACAGAACUGGAAGUUCUGGAUUUUCAGCAUUAUCAUCAAGCCGCUGUUUGAAUCCUUCAAGGGCAUGGUGUCUACCAGCAGCCUGGAGGAGCUGCACCGCACAGCGCUGUCCUGGCUUGACCAGCGCUGCUCCCUGCCCAUCCUGCGGCCAAUGGUGCUGAACACCCUCCGUCACCUUAGCACCACCACCUCCGUCCUCACGGACCCCGCCCGGCUGCCAGAGCAGGCGUCCAAGGCUGUCACCAGGCUCGGCCAGAGGACAGGCGACUCUUAG